ACACUGGAGGAGCGGGCGACGGAGUAGAGGAAGGCAGAGUAGGAAACUUUGGCUCAACGCAGCUACGGCGAUUGCGAGUAGAAGUGAGAGUGCGUUAUGCAGCCAAUGGAGCCUGCUCGCAGAAAUCGAUCUCUCAGGAAGACUUAUGCGCUCCUGGGUAUCUGCAUCUUGCUGCUCGCUGCGGGUAUCGUCACCGCAUUUAUACUGAUUUCAGGAAACUACAAGAAGACCCUUAGCUCCAUUGCUGGAAUUCGGGGCGAGAUUUCGCAGCUGAAUAAGAUUUCAGGAAACUAUGAGAAGACCCUUAGCGCCAUUGCUAAACUAAAGGACGAGAUUCCCCGGCUGAAUAAGACAAACUCUGAAAUGACAAACGGUUCACUUGCCGAACUGCAGAGUGAGGUUUCUCGACUGAGAGAGAGUGUGCGUCUUGUCCAGUUAUUAAACUCAUGGCGAUUCUUCAAACAAAAGGAAUAUUAUUUUUCGUCAACUCGAUAUCGUUGGGAAGAGGGACAGCAAUUCUGUGUGUCAAUAAACUCCAACCUCGUGGUUAUUAACAGUCAAGAAGAGCAGGAUUAUGUCCGGCUGAGGAGGGAUUCAAACUGUUGGAUUGGGCUCCAUGACAGCACUGAAGAAGGGGUUUGGCGCUGGGUAGAUGGUACCGAUUAUGCAUCCAAUGUCAAAUUCUGGGCAAUCGAUCAACCCAAUGUUAAUUCAGACAUCGAUGAAGACUGUGUCGUGGCCAGCGAAAAUGGAUUUUGGCACGAUUGGCCAUGCGACUCUAUGCAUUUCGUCAUCUGUGAAAAACCAGCAGAUUAACGUUCCGUCACGAUACUGUAUACUCCGGCUAAUGUGGGUGGUAACUACGUUUGUAUUUUUUUUUUCUGUACACCAGACGAGCAGCUCUGAACUAAGAUUGGCAUGGUCAGUGCGAGGCUAGAUCUCUCUUACCCUCCUCUCCCCACUGGAAUAGAGCUGAAUCUUCUAGUGAUUUCCCUGCAUAUUAGAUGGAUAAAUUUUCUCUGACUUCCAGCUGGGUACACAUUACAAUUUUGAAUGACGUUUCCAUAGACGAACUCUGCCAUUUCAUCAGGGAUUAUGCCUAUGCUUUUCUAGUUGGGUGGUGUAAAUAUAUCGCCAAAGUCCGUCCCUCCUGAUUGGCUACUGCUCAUUCAAGAAGGUCUUACAAUCAAAUUCCAGUUCACACCUCGAGCGAGAUCUCCGUCUUUGCUGAAAUUCCUUAAUUCUACUUUUAUUUGAAAAGGCUUCCUUCACCAGGCGGUCACAUAAGCCAUUGGUGCAGCACAGUAAUUAUGUGCCAUCAAAGUCAUUCCUAUGGCCAUCGCCAAUGCAAUGUUCAGCUCCCGCCGAUUUCUUCAGUUAAUCCUGUCUCCUUCUCCUAUUUCUUUACAUUAAGCUGAAUUCCCAACUCCCCUGCUCUGUCCAUCCGAAUCCCAGAAGAUUUAAUAGAACUUACUGAUGUUCAAUGGCUUGGUCUGUAAAGGCUGGAUUAUUUUCCAGACGCUCACCUUAUCUUUAAUUGUAACCUCCCAAACCCACCAACAAACUGUGACUUAUUUGACUUUAACCUGAUCCUAGAAAGAUGGGUUCUGCUGAGCAGGUGGAUGGAAUUGAUCAGAGUGUUGCCAAGGCUACUCAUUGUCUGCCAGUCCAACAGACGCCUCUCCUUUCCUAGUUUAUUUCUAUUCAUUGGAAAGCCACAUUUUCUUUUUCCACGCCAACCAUAUUACUUAUUGACAUCGAAUCAGUAUCACUUUCUAACCUUUAAGAUUAUGCUCAAUGAUUUGCCGCUUCACAAUAAUUAAU